CGCUUCGUUGUUUCUCUUCACCGCCCCCAUUCACCCAAUGGUAAUUAUGGAUAACUCUGUAACAGUGCUCAGAGGAGCUGAUAAUACCUUUAGUUUAAUUAAAGACAUUGAUGGGACGUAAAGACAUGUGGCCCAGGGCACACCACGGCAAAAUCUUUACUUCUUCACAUUUCAUCUGUCAAUCCUUUGGCUUUUGUUAUGCACAGAAUUCUGUCUCUCUGUCUCUCUCUAACACACACACACACACACACAGUAUCAUAUACUCAGAAAUACACACUCCCGUCGUUGGUGAGAAAAUGUCAAGAUCAUGUGUUUUUUUCUAAUUUUUCAGAAUUUAAUCUUGAACUGUUGGUUUGAAGAACAUUAUCAGCCUCUCACACUCACACACACACACACACACGAUAAUAAAAGCGACAGCAAUUNNGCUGAUUAUCUGUGUGUUGUUGAAACCACAUCCUGAUGUUAGUACUACUGCAGUACAACUUCUUCUGGAACACUGUGGAAGGACGUGGAGGACGUGGAGGACGUGGAGGUUUGUGACCUGCGAUGGAGACUGUCUUCCUCACCUCCGUCUUUGUUUCCCUGCUGGCCGUGCACUCCUCUGAUGUUAGCAGGACAGUCUGGGAUGACAUUGUUGUGGCUGAAGAGGGUUCUUACGCAACUCUGGUCUGCAUUGAUAAAACAGUAGGAGGCGCUGUGGCCGUAAACUGGAUGCUGAAGUCAUCUGAGGCCGACCAAUGGAAACUGCUGCUCUCGGCUGACAGAAUGAAGCAGUUCUCCGGUGUGGCCUCCAAACACUGGAUGGGUUUGAUCGACCCCAAUUUCCAGGAGUCGGGGGUCUUCUCUCUGGGUCUGUAUCCCAAGCUGGAGGACGGGGGUCUCUACUCAUGCUUGGUGAGGCAGCAAGGGAGAAAAGUGAAGGAGAAGAUCAUUCUUUUAUCUGUGCUCAGAGUCCAGAUCCUCCCGUCCCCGGUGGUGACCCAGCAGAGCACGCUGCAGCUGUCAGCCAGCGUUCAGCCUGACGUCGCUGUCUCCAAAAUCACCUGGUCAACGCCUCACGGAACAACGAUGAAGAGUGAGAAAAACAAAAAAUCCAGCACCGAGGCCAAACUACCCCGGCUCCAGAGCAGUGAAGGGGGCAUCUACGUCUGCACAGUUUCCACCUGGAACAACAACAACAACAACAGCACUUCUUCUGUCUUCAGAGUGAGAGUUGACAUUGCUAAUAAAACGGUUUCCAUCGGCAACGUUAAACACAGCACUCCCAUCUCCACUGCCACACAGGCUCUGACGCCCAUAACCCUGAGCUGCCCAGAUGACAACGGAGACUACGUCCUGCUUUACUGGCAGCAGACAGAGAAACACAGUAACAUGACGCACAUAUUCUUGUACGAUCGCUGGAGGGAUUCUACUUCCUCCACAGUACAGCCCGGGAUACUGGAGCUUGCUGGGCCGCCGUACAACGCAGAGGCCGGGAGCUUCGCUUUUCGACUCACUCCUGACGUCACUAAUGGUGGUCUCUACAUUUGUGACGUGUACCUGAAUGACGAGCCCAAGAGCCUGAGAACUGAGGUCAGCGUGCUGAAAGUUGAGGCCAAGCAUUCAUCCUCAAAAGUGACGCUGAAGUGCAGGUACUCAGCGGUGUCACAGGUGCACAGUUCCAUCUGGACCCACCAGGACAAAGGUCGGACGCUGAAGUGCUCCAGUGUCACGCCGGGCGUCGUCACCACCACUGUGCCCUUACCAGUCACCUCUGACACCGCCGGGAACUACACCUGCACCCUCAGGCUGAAAAACGGCAAGACCGUCUGGGCCACACACGCCGUCACACUGCCCCCAAAGGAUGGGAGGAACGAAAAACAAAGCCUUCUUAUCGUCCUUUCAGCACAGUCACUCCUGCAGCAGACACACAGAUACAGAGACAGGACCUCAGGACAAAUCUCCACCAAAAACACUCAAUAAUUCAGGGUGAUUGUACGGGGGCCAGCAGGAGACUCACAGGAGGACGUGACAGUUGAAUGGACCCUCACCCACAGACCCUCCCACUCCCCUCACCCUGAUGGUUCUCAUCAUGACGCUGUUAGAAUGAUGCUCAUCAAAGGAUUGUAGCCCUGGUCAUAAAAAAACAGAGAGGAAAAAAACUUCCUGGAAAAAGGUUCAUAAAACAAAUCUUUUGUGAGCGACAAGCGGCGCGUACGCAUGUGUCAGAGUGAUAAGUUGACACCAGUGGCAGCGAUAGAUGUUAAAGCAACGCCACAUAAUUAAAUUCUUUUCACUGGAGGUGCAGCAAUCAUGGAGCUUUGUGACGAAUAAUACUCCAAACCUGAGGGAUGUUCUGCAGUCAUUCUCUGUCAGGAGUUUAUCCCAUUGUUUGCAAAGCAUUCUCGCCAGUCUUUAGUCUGCGCCUUCAUCCGUCGGCCGACUCUCUGAACCAGCCCUCCGACUCAAAUCGACUCCUACUUCAUUUAAUGUGAAAGAGAUUUGGUGGAGAAUAAGUGGCAAACGGUGAUGGGGGAGACGGGGGAGACUGGGGGACGAUAAGACGGAGCCGCUGUUAAAAACAAGAUGGAUUCACGCCUCACCUCACUGAACACUAUUACCAUAAUUCAUGCGUUAAAGUUGGCUCCUGGAACAGAGCGGGUCGGCCAUCGCUCACUGCACUGUUUCAUUAGUAAACUCUACACAUCCUCUGUGAUCAAUUAAACCUCACGCAGAACUUAAGGAUUGAUUCUUUGGAGGCAGACGAGGGCCGUGGUGGCAGGGCUGAGGUGGGGGCCACGAGCCAAUUGACAAACUAAAUUCACAGGAAGUUGAUGAGAUGCACCAGAGUGAGUUAAGUAAGGUUCCUGCCCGCCCCGAGUGGCAGAGAGACGCAGUGAGAUGUUUAUUAAUGUAUGUUGUGUUUGUCUGUGGGCUGUGACCCAACACUCUGACAGAACUCACGGGUUCUCUGCUCCUGAGGAGAGAACGUGCAGCACAGAACACGGUAAAUGACAGUGGUCUCUGUGGAAACCAGCCCCUCCCUCGCCUCGACCCGCACCUCGCCCUCUGGUGAUGUUUUACAAGACUGGUCUCAUCCUCAUUAUGCAAACAAACCUGGAAUGUCUGAUGGUGGGAGGGGG